CUGUACAACAGACCAGCAGCAUCUUCAGCUCUUUCUAGCUUUAUUACGAAACGUUCAGUGUUUAUUAUGAAUUUUAUGUUCUUGUAGCCUACAUUUGUAUGUGCGUGUGUUAAAAUUGCAGCCAUUACAAAAUUAGGAACUGUUGCCAACUGAAAUCAUUCAGCGAAAUAGCAAAGAAAAUAUUUGACAUGUUUAUACUCUUCUGUCUGAGCUUAUGGAGUGGUGUGUUUGGUGAUGAUGCAGUGAAGUCAGAGUCAGUGAUGGAGGGAGAAUCAGUCACGCUAAACCCUGAUGUUAAUACAAUUAAUGAGCUACGGUGGCACUUUAUACAAAACAACAAGAAGAUUCUCAUCGCUAUAAUCAACAGACAGAACGAAAAGAAAACAGUUUAUGAUGAUGCUCUUGAUGGGAGAUUCAAAGACAGACUGAAGCUGGAUCAGACUGGAUCUCUGAUCAUCACAAACACCAGAACCACAGACUCUGGAGAAUAUACAGUAACCGGAGGCCAAAAAGAGAAGCCGCUCAGCAUAUUCAAUCUCACUGUCUACGCUCCUGUGCCUGUUCCUGUCAUCAGCAGAGACUCUUCUCAAAAUUCAUCAUCAUCAUCAAAUUGUUCAUUGUUGUGUUCAGUGAUGAAUGUGAGUGAUGUUUCUCUCUCCUGGUACAAAGGAAACAGUUUAUUGUCCAGCAUCAGUGUGUCUGAUCUCAGCAGAAGUCUUUCUUUACAUCUGGAGUGUCUGGAUGAUUUCUACAGCUGUGUGGUGAACAAUCCCAUCAGAAACCAGACCACACAUCUCAACACUGAACUCUGUCAGCCAUGUUCAGACUCUGUAUCUCUGAUAGUGUUGAUCUCUGCUGCUGCUGCUGGUUUUCUGUUGAUUGUAACUACAGUUUGUUUGUGUUUUCUUUCAGAGAGCUACAGAGCAGGAUAAUGUGGU